AUGACCAGAGUUGCGGGGCCGGAGACGCUUCCGAGUGACGUCAUCGAAUCGGCUGCGCGAACGGUUCAGGCCAUCAGGGAAGCCCAGUGGCAACAACUCCACAGACCACCAGAGCCCGAAGAUGUUUCCAAGACCGAGAGAUCGAACCAAGCGCGUCGAAACUGGCAACGGGCCGUGAGUGUUGCGAAACGAGCAGGCGGGGAUGACGAUCGUCUCACGGGCCCUUCCUCAAGCACGGAGACACGACCGGAAAAUCACACGGAAAUUGCCUCGGGAACCCAGGCCAAAAUGAUGGACGUUCAAUACUUUUUGGAGAUGGUGGAUCUGAAACAUCGACAUGGGAGCAAUCUACGUGCCUAUCACACGUUUUGGCGCAAUUCAUCGUCAAGCCAAAACUUCUUUUAUUGGCUUGAUCAUGGCGAUGGGAAAAGCGUUGAAGUUGCGCAAUGUCCUAGAGACCGCUUGGAGAGGGAACAAGUUCGCUAUCUUACUCGCGACGAGCGCAUGAACUAUUUGGUGACCGUGGACGAAGCGGGUCUGUUCCGAUGGGCCAAAAACAAUGAGCCAGUGUGGACUAGUACAGCCAAAUUCAAGGAUAGUCUUCGAGGGGUCGUCCCCAUUGAUGAAGAUGUUCCACAGUUCCGCGGAAACUCACCGACAUUCGAAUCUGAAUCGAUGGGUGCCUUGUCAUUGUCAUCCUCGUCAUCACCAUCCUCGUUUUCAUCGGGUCAAAGUAUGGGCAGUGUUCUCUCGAAUGAGCAGGAUAAGCCAUUCACCGACGAGGAAUAUAAAGCCGCAAAGAUCAUGAAGAAGGUAGUGCAUGCAAGCCCAAGUGCUGCUGUGAGGCGCCUAUUGGGAAAGUCACCCAAGAAGGAAGAUAUGUGGAUUUUUGUGAGUUGCGAUGGUUUUUCAGAAGUUGGGUAUAAGCUGAACCAUUUCCAGGUCGCGGAUACCUCUUUCCGCCUUUACAUAGGCAUCAAGAAAUCUGGUGCUUUCCAACACUCAUCAUUUCUGCGAGGUGCACGCAUUGCGGCUGCUGGAAUGAUCAAGAUAAAACAUGGCCAACUCCGAAGUCUGGCGCCAAUGAGCGGUCAUUAUCGCCCCCCGGCCGCCAACUUCCGAGCCUUUCACCAUGCCCUGCAGCAACAAGGUGUCGACAUGUCUCAUGUAUCAAUGAGCAAAUCAUAUAUUAUGUUAGCUGGAAUCCAAGGCUACACCAAAACGAAGCGGAAAGUGCGUGCUGCACAUGAGAAGGUGGACGAUACAAAACACAAGCUCCACAAACCCCCGGAAUGA